AUGUCAGCAACUGCAUACGACACUGAUGAUGUCUCUGUUUCUUUAACCAAGAAGAGGAAGAUUUAUGAAGAAACUCAUGUUGCUGCAAGAAAGAAGAUCAAGAAAGUCCUUAAUGGCAGUGAUCUUGGCAACAUGAGGAGGCUCUUGCUCCCUAAAGAUUUUGCUGAGAAUUUGGUGGUGCCGGUGUUGGAUGGAGACGUUGAAAGAGGUGUUCAAGUUGACAUUUGGGAUGUAGACACUGCCUCCAUUCAUUCUUUAAUUUUCAAGAAAUGGGUUUCUUCAAGAAGCUAUGUUUUCAUUGGAAAUUGGGUUAAAGAUUUUGUAUCAAGGAGAGGCUUAAAGAAAGGGGAUGAGAUUGGCCUUCGAUCCAUACAAAAAUCGCUUUAA